AUGAGUCGAUAUACAAAUUAUGAGGGUUAUGAGAUUGAUGAUGAGUCAAGCGAAGAAAGUGAUGUUGAAAAUGAGAAAGAAAAAGUACAUAACGAUGAUCUAGAAAGUAGCAGCUCUGAUAAUGAAUUUGAUAAACCCAUACGAGAUUUCAUUGAAAAAAAUUUUUCAUCCAAUGUUACAACGCAGAAAUCGUCAAAUAAAUCAUUUGAAAAUGAAAUGGAAAAUGAGUUAGAUCAGAUCUAUCAUUCUUUUACAACAAACGGAAAAUUUCAAUUACCAAUUGAAAUUCAGAAGAAAGCGCCAUCAAAAAACAAAGAUUUAGCGGUGAAGAGCGACUAUGAUAAUGAUAACGACCAAAAAGAUGAUAAUUCUAAUCACAGUGAUUCAGAUGAUCGUAUUAAAAAGAACGAUGACAGCGAAUUGAAGAAGUCAGAUGAUAAAUUAAUUAAGGAAACAGACGAAGAUAAACUUAAUGAUGAUUUACUUUAUGAUCCAGAACAAGAUGAUGAAGAUGAAAAAUGGAUGUCAAACGAAAGAAUAAAAUCUCGUGGUGGUCAGACAAAUGUGUCAUCAUCAUUAGGUGAUACCGAUGCGGUGUUGAAUUGUCCUGGUUGUAUGAUAUUGAUAUGUCACGAUUGUCAACGACAUGAAUAUAAUCGUAAUCAAUAUCGUGCUAUGUUUGUAUUUAAUUGUAUAAUUGACGAAAAUCGCCAUGUUAAAGUAUCAUCAAAUGAAGAGAAAAAGAAUCGAAAGAUGAAUAAUAUAUCGUCCAAACAAUCGCAUUCACGGACUAAACGUUUCAAGACAAAUGAUAAACAACAGUUUUCUAACGGUGGAAUUGAAGACGAUAUUGAAUCUCUAAAUGAACAAGAAAAUUUGCCAAAACCCGUUUUAUGCAGUGAAUGUGGCACUGAGUUAGGAGCAUAUGAAAAGAAUGACGAACUAUAUCAUUUUUACAAUGUGUUAGCUAGUUAUUGA